AUGGGCGCUUGCGGUUCAAGGACCGGCGGAGACGGCGGCGCCACCUCCGAUCGGCCAUACAACAGCACCGAAAAGGGCCCCCGGGGCAUCCUCGGCAAGGGCUUCCACGACGUGACAAUCGACUACAACCUCGGCGUCGAGCUUGGCAAGGGCACCUUUGGGGUGGUGCGGAAGGCGACGUGCGCGAAGACGGAUGAGUCGUUCGCUUGCAAAAGUAUCGCCAAGCGUCGGCUGCGCACCAAAGCGGAGCGCGAGAUGAUCAAGCGCGAGGUGGAGAUUCAGCACCAUUUGGGCGGCCACUCGGGCAUCGUGAACAUCGUCGAGGCGGUCGAGGAUCGCAAGCACGAGUGCAGCGGCGGCGAGCUCUUCGACCGCAUCCUCUCCAAGGGAAUCUACUCCGAGGCUGACGCGGCGGCCACCAUCCGCGACAUCGUCGAGGUCGUGGCGCACUGCCACUCGCUCGGCGUGGUGCACCGCGACCUCAAGCCGGAGAACUUCCUCUUCGAGAACAGCUCGCCGGCGGCUCGCAUCAAGGCAACAGCGACGGACUUUGGCCUGUCCUCCUACUUCCGCCAGGGCGAGCCGCUGACCGAAAUGGUGGGCUCCGCCUUCUACGUCGCACCGGAGGUGCUGAAGAAGAGUCGUGCGGCGUCAUCCUUUACAUUCUGCUGUGCGGGGCGCCGCCCUACCACGGCUCGACCGACGAGAAGGCGCGUGUUUGAGCGGAUCAAGGCCGGGCAGCCUCCCUCGUUCGACUACGAGCCGUGGCCCGACAUCUCCGAGGAGGCCAAGGCGUGCGUCCGCCGGAUGCUCAAGCACAGCCCCUCCGACCGUGCCACCGCCGACGAGAUCCUUACCGACCGGUGGAUGCAGCGCAACGGCGUCGCCUCCGACAAGCCGCUCGGCUCCGCGGUGGGAGACCGCAUCAGGAAGUUCGUCGCGCUCAACAAGCUGAAGCGGGAGGCCAUUCGGAUGAUGGCGGCCAGCAUGGCGCCGGAGGAGGUCGCCGGCUUGCGCGAGCUCUUCAGCGCGGCGGACGUCAAUGACGACGGCACCAUCUCCGUCCUCGAGUUGCGAGACAUCAUGCAGAAGCCCGGCUACGCUGGGAUCGGCGAGGAGAGCUCAAUCCUCGCAAGCGUGGAGAAGCUCAACGCGCUCCUCAACGAGGCCGACGUCGACGGCAGCGGCAACCUGGACUUGGAGGAGUUCAUCGCCGCGACGGUGCACACGAGCAAGUUGUACAAGGAGGAGAAGCUGCGCGACACCUUUGACAAGUUCGACGUCGACGGCUCUGGCUUCCUCUCGCGCGAGGAGAUCAAGGCAGCCCUGAACGAGAGGGGGCUCAACGAGGCCGGGCUGCAGGGGAUCUUCGAGGAGGUGGACACCAACAACGACGGCAAGGUCGACUACGACGAAUUCUGCUCCCUCAUGCGCGCCGGCGACCCUGUUUGCUCGGGUACGGGCAUGCGCUCGAGCAUCCGAUUCUCUUUCACCUCGGAUUAAACCGAGUUCCUGAUCGGGCGCCGACGCGUCGUCCCUGGCGCUGAAACAAAGCUCUGCGGACCGGGGGCGCUGCGUCGCGACGUGUCACGGUCAUGUGCAUGGGAAAUAUAUGUGUGACAGUUUUCACCCGACAUCCUCACAUGUGCGCGUUUUUUGAUUUUGUGCAUUGUGAUUUUUGUGUGAUUCUGAUUAUAUAUGAAUAUGUGUGGCAA